UGUACAGGGAACAAUAGUUACGUGGUGUACAAGACAUUGCAGUAAAGUUUUGAUUUCCCACCAUAUACACGUGUAUCAGGAAAAUAAUGCAGAGGAUCUUAUUUUGUGUCUUUUGUUUCGUCGCCAUGGAAACAUACGCUGCAGUAUGGGAAUGUGAACUUCCAGACCAGUUCAAAGAGUGCUAUAACUUUUAUUCUCGUGUUGCAAGAGUCCAUACAUCGCCUGCCUACGCCAUUCACAGUCGAUGUAUCAACUCAUAUCUGUGGAAAACAUCAUCUUCACGUUACCAUUUGAAAUUAAGCAACGACGACGUUAAUUUCAUCAAGUCCCUCCAGCGGGAAAUAAAUAUGAAGAGGCGUAUGAAUAGAUACACGAGGUAUAAAAGACAAGCCGCAGCGCCACCUGUAGUUCGCAGAGAGAUUCGAACUUUAAGUGACACGGAGAGACAGGCUUUCUUUGAUGCUGUCAACACCAUGAAAAAUGACGGGAGCUACGAUGCAUUGGCAAACAUGCAUAUGGGCACCGUACUUCAGUCGGGUCACGAGGGACCAGCAUUUUUGGGAUGGCACAGAGAAUACUUAUUAGAAUUUGAGACAGCCUUAAGGCGCGUGAAUCCCUCUCUCAGCCUGCCUUACUGGGACUCGACAUUAGAUUUCGUCAUGGGGGAGCCUGUUGAUACAUCGUUCUUCUCGUCAGCCCUUGUCGGAAACGGGGACGGAAUAGUCGUAAACGGACCUUUUUCCGAUUGGCCAGCCAGACCGGAUGGACAAAGACUAGAGCGUGAUAUUGCAACAGUUGGCUCCCUCUUCACACCAGAAGGUCUCGACUUGUUUCUCAACGAUCCAAAUAUCAACAGAACAAGCCAAAUCGUUUUAGGAACUGGUGUAGAUAUAGCCAACACCUUGGAAGGACAACACAAUAAUGUUCAUAAUUGGGUGGGCGGAACUAUGUCGGGGUUGGAGACAGCCGCUCAUGACCCCGUCUUUUUUAUGUAUCAUGCUCACGUUGAUUAUAUUUGGGAAAGAUUCAGGGAAAAGCAGGUUGCCUUGGGAUCGGCAAAUCCAGAAACUGAUUAUCCUGAGAUCAAUAAUACGCUGCAUCUACCAGGCGCAAUGAUGGACGGCUUUGAUGUCACAAACAUUGAAGGAUAUCGUAAUUCCUAUACUACAGACCUCUAUACUUAUGCCAAUACCCCAGAGUGUGCAAAUGGCUGUGGUGGAUCCAGUUUCCUUCGUUGCAGUGAAACUAUCAAUAGGUGUGUCGCUCUUACCGCAGCAGAAGUGGGUGCAACUAGCAACACCAAUCAGAACCCUCCAAUUGAUUUCGGCGAUUUUCAAUUUCUUACCACAUUUAAUGAUCCAAGAACGCGUCUCGCGCGUUCAACGAGACAUACUCGGAACAAACGAGACAACCAAUAUAUACAGCGAUUACUAUCACAACAAACAAACUUAUCAAAUAAGCAAAUUCCUAGUACGGAUCUUCAGGAAUUCAGCUACGAAAACAAAAUCACAAAAGUAAGGAAACCUAAGACUGGGAUCCAGCAACUGCGAAUUGAGUCUUCAACACCAGUUAUGGAGAGAGGAAGACAAAAUUUGUUCUCUAUGGACGGUGUGGCAGAUAUCAGAAGAUGGGCAUAUAUUCCUGUAAGAAUCAUCAAUAAAAGAGAUGUCUCCAGACAUGCCUUUAAAAGUCCCCUCGUUGUUCGAGGACAUUACAUACCCGGUGCCGAUCCUUAUCACCCUCUAAUCUAUAGUGCACUUCGGCCAUUCUUUUCUGUCUAUAGACAGAAGAUAGCAACCUUCCCAACGUGCAAGACUAUGAAUUCUGGGAUUAAAAAGGUGUACAUCCGGUCGGAUGGUCUAAAUUAUGCCGGAAAUUUCAUUGAUUAUAGCGUAUUGGACGAAAGGCAGCCGAUGUCGGAAACUACUGCUUAUGUAGCGGUAAAGCAUCCAAACUUAGGACAAGGAAAGGCUAUCAUCUCAGCUUAUGAUUCUUCUGGAAGAGUUUGUGAACCAAAAUGCCUUGUACCAGGCUCAUUCCCACCUUCAUAUCGGUCUUGCGCAGGUGUCAUUAACAUUUCGAACCAUCUUCCAAAAAUGUAUGCAGACGAUUAUGGUGAAGCGGUAAAGAGUCAGUGGAAUUUUGUGUCUGAUGACUGUCCUUCACAACAAAAUAGUCCCGUUCCUUUAAUUUUUUAUUGCGCGCCGUCAGUGCAAUGGCCUUGGAAAAAAUGUUUACAUGGGUAGAUCUUUGACGAUAAGUUGAAUGGGAUGGAGUUAUUAUUUAUCCUUUUAGUUUUACACUUUACAAUAAAACUUUAAAAU